GUUAACGGUAGUCCACGAGCGAGUAGCGUGCUUUCAAAAUAAAUGUUUUCGUUUACUUGAGAUUUUUCCCCUCGGUGAGGGAUUUAAAAGCUCCAAUGUCCCAGUGGACUUGCGUCAUCUUGGUUAAUUAAUGUCAGUCUGCGUUACAAAAUGUCUUACCUGCUGACCUUGUUCGGCUGGUAAGACACACCUGGAACAACUUUGUGUACUUCCAGUAGUAAUCAUGUCGCUGCAGGUAACUCUUAUGCUUAUGGCGGUGUGGACGUUCACGGCAGCUUUUGGUCAAACGUGGCACACUUUGGACUCCUCGUACGUCGCUGCGGUGUAUGAACAUCACCUGAUCCAAAACCCGAACCCCCUGGUCCCCGUGUCCCGGCACCAGGCCCUCCAGCACAUGCAGAAGAACUUGGACGUCUACGAGGCGCAAGCAGCUCUGGCAGCCCAGCAGGGUGCAGACAUCGUGGUGUUUCCAGAAGAUGGUCUUCAGGGGUUCAACUUCAGCCGCUCCUCUAUUUCCGGCUACCUGGAGACGGUUCCUGACCCCCGAGAGGAGAAGUGGAACCCCUGCACGGAGCCCAGCAGGUUUAACAACACAGAGGUUCUGCAGCAGUUGAGCUGCAUGGCUCGCCGCCACAACCUCUACGUGGUAGCCAACAUGGCCGACCUGCAGCCCUGCCCCCUGAGGACAGACCCCGCCUCUUCCUGCCCCCCCGAUGGACGCUGGCAGUUCAACACCGACGUGGUUUUCAGGUCAGACGGGCUGCUGGUGGCGCGUUACCAUAAGCACAACCUUUAUUUUGAAGGGGCUUUUGACGCACCGCCGCGGCUGGAGGUCGUAACGUUCGAUACACCUUUCGCCGGGACGUUUGGCCUCAUUACCUGCUUUGACAUCCUCUUCUUUGAGCCCACAAUAGUCCUCCUGGAGAGAGGUGUGCGUCAGCUGAUCUUCCCCACCGCCUGGAUGAACCAGCUGCCCCUACUGGACACAACACAGUUCCAGCGGGCGUUCAGCCUGGGCGCCAACGUCACGCUGCUCGCCGCCAACAUCCGCCACGAUGGACUGAUCAUGACAGGAAGUGGCGUCUACACCCCCUUCACAGCCGCCUACCACCACGCUCAAAGAGGGGACCCCGAGGAGGGCCGGCUGGUCGUGGCCAGGGUCCCGGUGUUGGAGCCACAGUGGGACGAGAAGGAGGGGGGCGGAGUCAAGGGGGGCGCCACAGACCCCCAGUAUUGUCACCAAGACAGCUGUGCUUGGUCUGCACCACCCACCUUCACCGCCUCCAUGAUGUAUGAUCCCUUUCAGUUUGUCCUCCUCAACCACACAAAAGGCCAAGUGGAGGUGUGCCAUGGCAGUUUCUGCUGUCGCCUGCAGUUCCAGAAGUUUCCAGAGGGGGUCAGUAAAGAGCUCUACGCACUGGGAGCUUUUGAAGGCACUCACACAGUCAACGGGCGUUAUGCUCUGCAGGUGUGUGCAGUGGUCCGCUGUGCAGGGAUGGAGGCGGCCUCUUGUGGACAGGUAGUGGAAGAAGCAGACACUAAGUUCGACUUCACGCUUGAGGCCCAAUUUGGGAGCAAAUAUGUUUACCCAUCUGUUCUGGUGAGUGCUUACGUCCUGGAGCAGCCUGACCAUGUGGAGAAGACUGGAGACGGGAGGAUGACCAUGAAACAUGCAAACACAGCAGGAGGGCUGGUCACCGCCUGCUUGUACGGACGUGUCUAUCACCUGGACAAGCAGUGAAGCACACAAACUGACCAGACAUGUGUAACACUGCACACACCUGAAAUGGUGUGGUUUGAACAUCAGGAAAUAACUUUAUUCUUUGCUCCUACUUUACAAACAUCGCACCAAAGACUGCAGGAAAGGUGCUGGUUCUCAAAAAGCUAAUAUUUCUUUCUCUCUCUCUCACACACACUACAUAAACAUGGAGUGGUGUGGCUGCAGGUGCACCAACAAUCCUUCAGUAAUAAAAAAGAUGAUA